AAAAAGUUGUAUAUUACAGUGCAUUACUUGACAUAGAUAUGCAGAGUUAGGGACGGUUUUAAUAUUUGAAGACUUGAGAGGACUGUUCUAGAAUUUUGAUUGUAGAAAAUGCGUCUUAGUAUAUACCAAGGACUUUUGUUACUUUAUAAAAUCCUGCAAAUUUCUGCUGAGCAAUUUACAUCAGAAACUUUCCGGAUAAAUCCAGAUAAGCGAGAUGUAAAGUUGCGUGGAUUUACUUAUCGCAAAUUUGAAAAUAUAUCACCGAGGGCAUGCUUCCAAAAAUGUAUCCGGCGAACACGAUGUUAUUCUUACAACUAUAACAGAGCUUCUCUUAGAUGUGAAAUUAAUAUGAAACCAAGAGAAUUUUCUGGAGGCAAUUUUCAGACUGAGAUUGGUUAUAACUUCGUUGAGAUUCAACAUUACAGAGGGGAUCCGCUUUUUGACCCCUGUAUAGGCAGUCUAUGCAAAGGAGAUGAAGUAUGUGAAAUUCUGCAGAAUCAAGACACUAUCUGUGUAUCAGACGAUUGUAAAAUACCGAACGGAGAACCAAUAAAUGUUGCGCUUGGAAAGGUCACUGGACAAAGUUCCACACAAAUGGAUGCAGUUGUUGAGUAUCCAUCAGAAUAUGCUGUUGACGGCUUUACAAAUACGUUUUCACAUACGAAUGCUGAACAGUCACCGUAUUGGUGGGUAGAUCUAGGAACCAUUUACACCAUUAUGCGAAUUGAAAUCAUCAACCGAGCUAAUUACGGCGAAAGGCUUCAUGAUCUUGACAUAGCUGUUGGACCAAGCCUUGAUGAUAUUUCAAUAUUUUCACAUUACGAAGGACCCGGUAAAGAUGGAGAGCAUCUCGUAUUUCAGCGCAAACGGUAUACAGACGGUCGUUUUAUCAAACUGACCAUCACUAAUGGAACAGAAAUGCUAACCGUGGCAGAGCUAUAUGUCUUUGCUUAUCCAAUAUGUUAAUAAAUGGACAGAAUGAUCAUAACAUUUUGUAUAUGUGUCAUGAUUACUUUUUUUAUAUUUCACUUAUUAUAUAUUUCAUGGAGCAAUUUGAACAUCCAAAAUUUGAAAAUCUGUUAUUAAAGUCGUAAACAAAUCAAAAUAAGACAGACCUUCGCAUUAUCAAUCUCACAUACUCGAGAUCGUAGAUCAGCAUUAUAUAACAAUUGAAUUAUUAAGACUGGUAGAAAUAUUGGCAGAUAUUUUGUUCUGAAUAAAUAUGGGUCUUAUUUUCAGACACGAUUGCCUACAGAGGACUUUAUACUAUUACAAAAUUAGUGUCAUUUGGCGAAUUCGUUUUAAUAAAAUAUUCGUUAUGUGUUGAUAGCACCUAUUGUCAAAUUUGCUGCAUAUUGUACUUGCUACAUAUCAGCUGCGAAUCCCAAUGUGAAGCUUUUACACGUGAUCGCGGCGAACAAGUUCAAAAAGGCUUCCAUGUUAGCUCAAUAUAACUUUAAUACCCCCAGUAAGAUUUUAUUGUUACCAGCAAUUAUUUGUUUUCAAUAGUUUAUAACAUAUCUUAAUAUACUAACUUAAAAAACAUUAUGGUCGUACAUCCUGUGGAAUCUGUUCACUUAUAUUUUGCGUUGUUAUUAUUUUAUUUUUUUAAUUUUUCUAUGUCGGGAACUUUUUAUUCCUGGGUAUACAUUAUUGGUUAUGCUAAUAAUUUCAUAAGUUUACGCAAUUUUGACUCCUGUGGAUUGUUGUCUCCGAUUAAGAUUUAAACCCUCGAGACCCCUUAUUUUGUAUCCAUCCGCUGAUAUUUUCACAAUAUAAAUAUGAUUAAUUUUAAUAGUAGAUUUAUUGGAUUGUACAUUCGUGUUUUACAUAAGGGACCGUGCAAUAUUUAUCAGGCAGGUGGGACCAAAAAGAAGUGAAUGUCUUAUACUGCUUUCGGUUGUAAAACCUCGAUGUCCUUUGAUUUACAUGCAGAAAAAAAAAGUAUGUAUCCUAUUAACUUUAUCUGAAUUAAUAUGUCACUAAGUGAUAUGAUGUUCUAAGUGAUAGUUGUUUUUCCUGUAGUAAUAAAUGAAAACUGUUUUUGAAUAUUGUUGUUCAAGUUUGUAAAUGAUCAAUAAUAGAAUAAAAAAGACGUUUAAGAUUGUACUUAAGUGAAAUUUAAAAAAAAAAAUCUGGAAUUUAAAAUUGAUGCUAUAAAUCAGAACAGCAUAAGUUUAUAAGGAAUUGAUAGGAUAUGGAACUCAUUUUCGAGACAUUUGAUGUUUAAAAAACGGGGAGAAAAGCUUUCUUGGACUUUGACCUUAUAUUUAGCAUUGGCAUUACUUGGGCUUCAAAUCGUAAGAAAGGAAAUCUAGAAUCUGCUUUAAUUUUGUCAAAUGACUUUUAUGACUUAUUGAAGUCUUCUAUGAAAAGAAAAGUAUAUAUGUACAUGUUGUUCAACUUUGCCUAUUUAUCUUGAAAGAGGUUGCUUCAUUUAAUUUGUUCAUUUGAUGAUUAUUACUUGCUUUUUAAUAUCAAUGUUGAUUUUGUCUGCAAAUUGUUAAAAAUGGGUUACUUCAAAUGAAUAUGAACAUAUCAUGUAUUUCCAUGAUAAUAUAUCAAAGAUGAUGAUUUAAGCCAAAAAAUAAAGAGCCGAUAUGCCAAUACUUGAACAUUAAUAAAAUUUGCAAAUCAAACAAAUACUAUAGUAAAUAUCAUUUAAGUGUGUUUUCUAUUAUAAAGCACAUGUAUACUGAGAAAAACAGUUGAGCAACAUGUAUUUUUAGUUUAAUAUAUAACAAACAAUCGAUACUUUUAAAUAUCUUACGGUGUUUAUAUAUCACAACUCGUUCGCUAUGCCCGUGUCUGUUGUGACGUUUUAGAUUUCAAUGAACGUAUUCUAAAAGGUUACCCACACUGUAAUUAUAUCUUUGAAUAUUGUUUUUAUUGGUAUUAAUAUUGAUUUUGUUAUCAGUAAAUUAAAAUCAAACUAAAUGUUAUUUUUAUAUACAUAUGCACAUUCAUGGCUCUACAAUCUGUCGAUACCUGUAUCUUGGCAUUGCACAAGGUCAUGUUUUUCUCUGACAGU